UGCCGAGAGCGAGGUUUCUCUCUCCAGUCAGCGUCUGUCGUCUGGCCAGGGAUCGUCUGCAAUGUUUCAUUGAUUCACGUCCUGACAUGUUUGCUCUAUUACUCUUCCUUCUUCCGUUUACCGCGGCAACAGAUGAUGUAAAAGCCACGACUGUAUGUAGCUGCAGUAAAAAUCACAUUGCCUGCAAUCCAGGCCCUCUUGGCAACUGUACGUGCAUCCCUUCUAGAUGGAGAUGUGAUUCUGACGACGAUUGCGGAGACGGAAGUGAUGAAACAGGAUGUGAUAUUCCUGUUUGUUCCAAAGAUCAAUUUAUUUGUGCUACUGGACGAUGCAUUUUGAAGUCUUGGUGGUGUGAUGGAGAUAAUGAUUGUGGAGACAAUUCCGACGAGAUGGAUUGUGCUCCUAGAAAUUGUACCAAAGAGGAAUUUCAAUGUAAAAAUGGAAGGUGCAUCAAUGAUUUAUGGCAGUGUGAUGGACAUAAUGAUUGUGGAGAUAAUAGUGAUGAAGACUGUCCUACAAGACCAUGUGCUAAUAAUGAAUUUCAAUGUUCAAAUGGUGAAUGUAUAUCUAUUGCUUGGAAAUGCGAUCGUGAUGUUGAUUGUCGUGAUGGCUCUGAUGAAAAUGGUUGUGAUCUUAAGCCUUUGGAAGUUGUCACUUGUCCUAUUGGGCAAUUUCGUUGUACGAAUGCACGUUGCAUUUCAGCUUCAUAUCGCUGUGAUGGAGAUAAUGAUUGUGGUGACAAGUCAGAUGAAGAUAAAUGUGAAAGAAAAGUAAAAUGCAACUCUGAAGAAUUUCAAUGUGAAAAUGGAAUAUGCAUUAGUAAGAACUGGAAAUGUGAUGGAGAUAAUGAUUGUGAUGACCAUUCAGAUGAAAAAGAUUGUGGUUCUGUGGAAUGUGCAGCUGAUGAGUUUCAAUGCAAAUCUGGCCGGUGUAUCCAUAAAGCUUGGCGUUGUGAUGGUGCUGUUGAUUGUUCAGAUAAUAGUGAUGAAGAAGCAUGUAAGAAUAUGGAUUGUAAAUUAGGAGAAUUCCGCUGCACAGAUGGUACGUGUAUAAAUCAAUUAUUGCUUUGUAAUGGAGAAUUUGAUUGUCCAGAUGGAUCUGAUGAACUUGCUAAUAAAACUUGCAAAACUGGUUCACCUUGUAGAGAAGAUGGUUUUCCUUGUCAGCAUUUAUGUUUAACGACUACAGCUGGACAAAGAUGUGCUUGCAAAGAUGGUUAUAGAUUGGCUACAGAUGGUCGCUCUUGUAUUGAUAUAGAUGAAUGUGAAGAAGAAGGAACCUGCAGUCAAGAAUGCCAAAAUACUGUGCCCAGUUUCCUUUGCUCAUGUGUAAAGGGUUAUAGAUUGAGAGCAGAUGGGCACAGGUGCAAAGCAAUGGGUUCAGAACCAUAUUUGGUGUUUGCUAACCGUGCUGAUAUUCGUCGAAUCACUCUUAAUAACUUAGAAUAUACAUCUGUUUUAGCUGGCUUGCAAAAUGCCAUUGCUAUUGAUUUUCAUUUUACUCUUGGAAGAAUAUUCUGGUCUGAUAUCACAGCAAAUGCUAUUCAUUCAGCAUUCUUGAAUGGUACAGAUGUCAAAGAGAUAAUAAAUAAUGGCUUGAUUAGUCCCGGAGGAUUAGCAAUUGAUUGGAUUGGUAAUAAAAUUCUUUGGACUGAUUCUGGAACAUCUCGUAUAGAAAUCUCUAAUUUAGAUGGGUCUAUGAGAAAGGUUCUGUUUUGGAAGGAUUUAGAUAAACCAAGGGCAAUUAUUGUUAAUCCAGAAGAAGCGACAUUAUACUGGACAGAUUGGGGUUUAAGACCUAGAAUUGAACAAGCAUUUCUUGAUGGCAGUUAUCGAAAAGCUAUUAUCAGUACUUCACUUUUCUGGCCAAAUGGUUUAACAAUUGAUUAUCCUACUAAAAGAUUAUAUUGGGCAGAUGCAAAACAUCAUGUUAUUGAAAGUUCUAAUCUAGACGGAAGUGGACGCAGAAGAGUUAUUGAUCAGGGAUUACCUCACCCAUUUGCCAUAACUGUAUUUGAAGAUACAAUCUAUUGGACAGACUGGCGGACAAAAAGCAUCCAUAGCGCUAAUAAAUUUACUGGACGCAACAUAGCCACUGUUCAUUCCAAAUUACAUUUUCCAAUGGAUUUAAUUGUUAUUCAUUCAUUAAGACAACCAGAUGUUAAAUAUAAUUGUGAAGAUGUUAAUGAAUGUAGUCAUCUCUGUCUUCCUAAUAACUCCAGUUAUAGUUGUUCUUGUCCUUAUGGAUUACCACUUAAAGAGGAUGGAAAGACAUGUAAAGAAAGUUUAAAUGUUUUCUUAGUAUUCACACGAAGAAUUGAUAUUCGUUAUUUAUGUUUGGAUUGUGAAGAAGGAAUAAGUAUUGUUCUUCCAUUAAAAAAUAUCAGUAGUGCAGUUGCAUUGGAUUGGGAAAAUGAGCAUGGCAACAUUUAUUGGUCAGAUUUAACCAGUGAUACAAUUAAUAAAGCUAACUGCAAUGGAAGUAAUCAAGAGGUUGUGAUUGGAACAAAUUUAGAAAGUCCAGCAGGAUUGGCUGUUGACUGGGUCAGUCACAAAUUAUAUUGGACUGAUUCUGGUACUGAUCGCAUCGAAGUAUCUUAUCUAGAUGGAAGCAUGAGAACUAUUCUGAUUUGGGCAAACCUGGAUCGCCCAAGAGAUAUCAUUGUUGAUCCAAUUGGAGGUUUCAUGUACUGGACAGAUUGGGGACAGACACCAAAAAUUGAACGAGCAGGAAUGGAUGGAUCAAGCAGAAUUGUUUUGAUUGACCACAAUCUUACUUGGCCCAAUGGUUUAGCCAUUGAUUAUGAAAAAGAAAAAUUAUAUUGGGCAGAUGCAGGAAUGAAAACUAUUGAAUAUAGUGAUUUGAAUGGACAAAAUCGUCAGAUCCUUAUAGCAACUGAUUUGCCACAUCCAUUUGGAUUGACUUUGUAUGAAGAUAAAGUAUAUUGGACAGAUUGGGAAAACCAAAGCAUCCAGAGUGCAAAUAAACUGACAGGAGAAGAGAGAGUGACUCUUUUGACUGAUCUUGAUAGUCUCAUGGAUAUUCAUGUUUUUCACAGUAACAGAUUGGCUGUUAGUAGCAUGUGUGAAUCACAAAAUGGUGGAUGCAGUCAUCUAUGCCUCAUAGCUCCUCUUCCAAUAGGUCAUACCUGUGCUUGUCCUACAGGAAUUUUACUUAAAGAAGAUAUGCGAACUUGCUCAGAAAGUAUGCAAUCAUACAUUAUUGUAGCUCGAAGAACUGAUAUAAGACGUAUAUCGUUAGAUGUUUCUUAUUUGGCUGAUGUUGUUUUACCCAUAAAGAAUUUAGAUAAUGUUAUUGCACUUGAUGUCGAUAGCGUAGAAGAAAAGAUUUAUUGGUCAGAUAAUGGAUUAGAUAAAAUUCAAAGAUCAAACUUAGAUGGAAGUCACAUUGAAGAUAUUGUUAUUCAUGGGUUAGAUACAGUUGAUGGAUUAGCUAUAGACUUCCAUGGACGAAAAAUUUAUUGGACUGACAGUGGUCAUAAGUCAAUUGAAGUUUGUGAAUUGAAUGGAAAAUUUCAGAAAGUUCUCAUAUGGGAGAAUUUAGAUAGCCCUCGAGCAAUAACCCUAAUAUAUCAAAUGGGAUAUAUGUAUUGGACGGAUUGGGGAAAUAUUCCUCGUAUUGAAAGAGCCGAUAUGGAUGGCCAUAAUCGAAUAGUUAUUGUUAAAGAAAAUUUAGGCUGGCCAAAUGGUUUGACAGUAGACAGCAGAAGCAAUCAAUUAUAUUGGGCUGAUGCUAAAACAGAUGUAAUUGAAGCAACAGAUUUAAACGGAAAAAAUAGACGAAUUAUUAUUGAACAUGUUCCUCACCCUUAUGGCUUGACUGUAUCAGGUGGUUACAUUUAUUGGACAGAUUGGGAAAUUCGUGCCAUUCAAAGAAUUAAAAAGAAAAAUAAUAAAAAUAUUGAAACUGUAUGUGACAAUUUAUCUGGUCUAAUGGAUAUUAGAGCAGUUCACCCAGAUGAUCAAAUAAGUCAUAAUAAAUGUGGUGAUGAUAAUGGAAAAUGUUCUCAUCUAUGUUUACGAAAUCCUCAUGGUUAUACAUGUGCUUGUCCAACUGGCAUAGUAUUACAUGAUGAUGGAUACUCUUGUGAUGAUGUUCCUACAACUUUUUUACUGUUUGCAAGCCAAAAAAGCAUCCGUCGAAUUUCUAUGGAUACGGCAGAUAAUUCAAAUGUAUUUAUUUCUAUUCCUGAUAUAUACAAUGCAGUUGCAGUUGAUUAUGAUUAUCAGAGCAAAAGGAUAUUCUAUACAGAUGUGCGAUUAGAUGUAAUAAGGAGCAUAAAUAUGGAUGGUAGCAAUUUGAAAACUAUUAUAAGCAGUAAUUUAGAAAUAGCAGAUGGACUAGCAGUUGAUUGGAUUGCCAAAAACUUAUAUUGGACUGAUACUGGACAAAAUGUUAUUGAAGUAGCAAGACUAGAUGGUUCAUCAAGAACUAUUCUUAUUGAUUUAGAUUUAGAUGAACCACGUGCAGUUGCUGUAUAUCCAAGGAAAGGAUAUUUAUAUUGGUCUGAUUGGGGCAAAUUACCAAAGAUUGAAAGAGCUUUUCUUGAUGGAUCAGGUAGAAGAAUUAUCAUAGCUUCAGACUUGGGUUGGCCUAAUGGACUAACUGUCGAUUAUGAUGCUCAUCGAUUGUACUGGGUUGAUGCCCAGUUGGAUCGUAUAGAGUGUUCUGAUUUAUCAGGCAAAAAUCGCAUUCAGAUAAUUCAUGAUGUUGCUCAUCCAUUUGGUCUGACUCAAUUUGGACCAUAUAUAUAUUGGACUGACUGGCAGACAAAAGCAAUUGAAAGAGCAGAUAAAGAAACUGGCCAGAAUAGAAUUAUUAUUGCUGAAAAUAUUGAAUAUUUAAUGGAAAUUAAAAUGGUGUCAUCUCUUCGCCAGUCAGGUACUAAUCCAUGUGGAAUACAAAAUGGAGGAUGUAGUCAUCUUUGUUUUUACCGUCCACAAGGUUACAUCUGUGCUUGUCCAAAAACUCCAGAUUUGCGUCCAUGUUCUACAGUUCCUUCAGAAAUAAUAUCUGAAGAUUCAAAAGACGAUUAUUAUGAAAACGAUUUACAACAUAGCAAGAAUUCUACCACAUGGUGCUCCAAAACUGAUGUACAAAAUGGCAAAUGUCAUUAUGUUGGAUUCCCUUUAUCUGAUCCAGCUCUGCAGAGUGCCUAUAUAGCUUUGAGUGUGAUUUUAUUGGUUUUAGCAAUUCUAUUAAUAGUUGCCCUUGUAAUGUGGAGAAGAAGACGACGAGGACAAGAUAUAGAUCAUACCUUGACGUUUUCCAAUCCUACUUAUAGUGCUUCAACAGGUGAAGUGGAUAAGAAAACUUGGGGAAAACAUAUACGUUACAAUAGAAAUGAGGAAAGAUUAUUUGAUAUGCCUGUGGAAGAGAAAUUAAAUAAUUUGGAAGUGGCAGCACUCGUAAGCAAAAAAUUUGGAGAUCUAGAGGUAGAUAAUUUAGCUCCUCCACCUCUACCUCCACAACGAAUAGACAGUCAACAUGAAUGUCUGUAUUCAUCUAAACUUCCACCUCUUUCUUCUCAUACAAAUUCUCCAUCAUCUAUACGUAAUCAAUCCCAACAUUCAUCUCCAUAUUUAGAUCAUCCUAAAGUUAGUUAUCAUCCCAUUGAAACAGAUAUCUGAAAUUUGUGCCAAAUGUAAAUAGGGUGCUAAAAUUCAAUCAGAGAAAACAAUUGCUCAGUAUUCAGUUUGCUGGUGGACACUAAAAUAAUCGCACAAAAGUUGUUUUAUGGAUUUUAUUAUUUUCUGCUCUAAAUGUAAUUCAUUUGAAUGACCCUGAAGGAAUUUCCAAAGAUACUGUGAUUCUAGUGAAUCAUUUGACACACCCAUUGUAAUUAAAAAGUAGAUUACUUACUAAUGGGAACAUACAUUCAGUAGCAUUGUUGUUAUUUCUCACCUUGAGAAAUCACAUUCUUUCUUUGCUAAGAGGCCAACCCCAAUCCAUUUUAUAGAUAAUUUACAAAAAAUUAUUCAUAUUUUAUCAAUUUUAUAUAGCAUCAGCUUCAUUAAAUUCUAUAUAUUUAUAUAAAAAUCAUCAAAUCUUUUGUAAAAUAAAUAUUUAAUUAUUUUUAUAAUAUUGAAUUCACUAGUGCAAUUGGUUCAAGUUUACAGGGCCUUUAAAAAUCAGUUUGAUUAAUAAUAGUUUAAUAAACAAAAUUCAAAUUUCUAGAAUCAUAUAAACAAAACUUUAUGUACUUCAAAUAAUUAAACAUUUAUUUGAAUAAUGUACGAAUUUGGUAACACAUUCAAAAAUAUUUUACAUUCCAAAAUUUACAUGCAAUGCUGCUAAAUAAAGAAAAUGAAUAAUAACUAUAUUGACACUUCGAAAGAUUUUAUGAAGUCUUUUUACAUUGGCAAUUAUUAAUUGUCUAAAUCUCAAUCAUUCCAAUUUUGCUAUGUUAUCUGUAAAUAUAUGAGUAAUUUGUUUAAUAGUUCAGUACAAAUAUAGAAGACUUAUUUGUAAUGUGGACAGAUCUGUUUUUGUUUUUUUUUUUUUUUUUACUCAUGAAACAAUUUUGAUACUCUCUCUAUUAAAGAUAAUUUAACAUACAGUAUUUGCUAGUAUAUACAUGUCAAUAGUAAAUACACCAUGUGUGCAUUUCGCACACAUGGUGUAGAUCUAUCAACGAUACACAACAUUAAUUUUUUAUAUAAAAAUGGGGAUGGUGAGAUGGUGUAUAUGGUAAAGGCGUUGAUCAUUUUGAGGCACCUACGUUUUUGUGUUUGAUCAAUAAGCCUGAAAAUUUCACUACAAAGACCUGGAUAUGUUGAUUCCCAUUUGUCAUCACCCAAACUCUCAAUAUAGACCUAGCUAAUACCUGUAACAUGGUACAAAAAAGGCUGUAGUUUAGUGCCUGCAGAAUGAAAAAUAAAGAUGCAGAUACAUGACAAAUAGUUUAUUUUAAAAAUUUACAGUCAUAAAUGUAUCAAAACAUAGCAAAUACUUUUAAAAACAAAUCUGUUUACAAUGCACAUUAGAUUCUUCUAGUUGUACCAAUCUAUUUAAUCAUACUUUUAAAAUUCUGAAUUAACAGUUGUUAUUCUUAGCUCAUUUAUUACCUAGAAAAUCUAGAUAUUUUACUAUAUAUUAUAAGAACUUAGUUUACAGUAUAUUGAAUUCUAAUCAUUUCUAGGUAUUGUUAAAAUGCAUCAAAAUUAAAAGAUGAAUAUUUUUUGUAUAAAAUUAAAAACUAUACAUCAACAGUGCCUUUUAUUAAAACAUUAUAAUUUAUUUGUAUUCAAAUAAAACGAAACAUGCUAAAAUGGUUAUCCAAUAAGUACUGUUUAAAGUUGGUUCUGCAGAAUGACAAAUUCUCUCCCCUUAGUAUAAGCAAGUUCCAUUGUGUAUUCGAAGCUAGAACAAUUUAUUUCCUAUUUUAUAUAUAAACUUGAUGAUUUAUAACUUUUAACAAUAGACAAGGCACAAAAUAUAUUUACUUGUUUCUUUUAAAUGGUACUUUUCUUAGGAAAAUUAUCAAAAAUAUGAUGGAAAAUACUAGGAUGGAUUAAUUCCGAUUAUUUUAUUGUGAUUGUAAUUAUCCACACGACUGUAAAUAUUUUGCGUGUUAAUUGUAAAUAAGUGUGUUUUCGAACUUUCCAUUGUGAUCAAUGUCCAUUUAACUCAACAGUGAUAAACAUGAUAUUCGGUUGAGUUCUUCGAUCAAAUUUAUAUAUGUAUAUGUAGACCAUAUCUGUGAUUCCUUGUAGAAUUUGAAUCAAUUCUGCGAUGAUAUUUUUAUAAAAUACAAAAAAAAACCUUGAUUUAUUCAAUCCCGUUCCUGGCGGCUCUACGCCAUAGUGUGUGUUCCAAAUGCAUGUUCCGAUUCAUUGACAUAAUUCAAUGUCUCGCAAUUACCUCCAAUGCCAUUGUUUUAUUUUUUAAUUCAAUUUAAUAUAUGAUGUGCAAUAUUUCCCUAUAAAAAUCAAUCCUACAAUCCAUGAUAUAACCAAAUACUCAGCAUUGGUGUUUUGUAUAUGAAAAAAUAUGGUGUUUUUAUGCUGAUAAAAAUUGCUCAUUAUAAAAAACUGAAAAACAUUUAAGAAUUGUAAAUACUUUGUACAAUUGGGGAAAGAAAACAUA